ACAUUACGGUAAUGAAAUCAGACAAGGCGGUCGAACUGUUUCACCUCUCUCAGAUCAUCACAACGAGGCAGUCUCAUCCGCCGAUCUCGCAACAUGAAACACCCUGAUCAGCCUUCCCAGACUGUAAACUCAACCUCCUCUAUACACAACAAAACAGAAUACAGAGAAUGAAAAAAGGGGACAGUGGGAGUAUAUUCUGAUCAGUCGGCCUGAGCCGUAAAUGCAGGGAACUCGUUCCUCGCUCUAAAUGCGCAUCUCGCAGCACGUUCAGUUGUUCAGCUGGUCAAGCAGCACACCACUCGGAUAACUUUAUACAGUUAGGUCAGGCUCAGCAGUCUCUCUACAUGUCUCUCGCUCCUGGUUAUUUUAUUCUGCGUGCUUAAACAGACUGUAAUGUUCGCCGAGAAGCCCGUGUAGCACGCAGUGUUCGGACAAUUAUUGGUAACCUGGAACGAUCAGCAAACCCUCAUUUAAGCAUUGUGCACCACGGCUCGUUGUCCACGACUGACGCGGAUGCCAUGGACAGCAGGUAGAGCCCGUGAAAGUGCCAUCAGACAUCCUCGAUAUGGCGGAACCCGAAUUGUUCAUGAAAUCACAAUCAUACUUCAUGAAUGGUAGAAACAUGAUAUAAGCGAUCCCAAGUCAGACGGACAUUGGGGCAGAUGGUUGCUUUUGAUUGGGGUUGUUCACCAAGGUAGUCGAAAUGAAAACAAAUUUCGUCUACAUUAAAUGUGCUUGCACCGCACAGAGUAGCCGCUCAAGAACAUCUGUAUCAGAGCGCCCAGGUAGAAUGGUCCCUUCAUCCCGGAGGCCUAAAAGCCUGGAUACUUCUAGCAACUAUGAUUUCCUGUUCCCUAUGCACGACAUUGAUCAAAUUUUAGUCUAGCGAUUGGCUGUGCCAAAUGAAAAAUGGACUGCCGCUCCCUUCCGCCCGCCUUCCGCUCCGCAUUAUGGAACGUGGGAGCCCAAAAGUCAGACGCAAAGACCACCAGUGAUAUCAGCGGCAGUGUACGUCAUGAACGCCUGUUUCAGCUCUCGUCCACACAUGGCUUGAACUCUGUUCCGUACCUGUAUGAUAUGCAUGCUUUUCUAUUUCUCUCUCCCUUCCUAAACAAGGAAGUCCGCGGAGAAAACUAUAUGCGUAGCUGACAGAAGAAUGGACCCUUCCUUCAUUGAGAGUUGAUCUUAGGCCUGGAUAGCGACAACUUGCCAAAAUCCCUUCGAAGGCGCUAUCGGCGGACGACGCGACAAUAUGUCCGAGAUCGUGAUCGGGCUCGCGUCGUCCAGGGGCGAGAUUUAUUGAGAUUCACUUGCCUAUUUUUGCUUCCGUCAACCAUUCAUCAACUCAUUCAUCAGCCAGAGAUCACAACUGCUAGCCUUCCCUGGCAUGUUGAAGUUUUGCUCGACUUGUAUACUCCUUGCUUGUACGCGCUCCGGAAUUAUCAAGCACAUAGAGUCUCUAUUCUUGCCACAGCCAAAAAUGCAAUUCUGAGGGAAUCCGACGCCACUCGUUUGCUCGGAGAAUGGGGGGACAGAGCACCGAAUUUCGUACACAGUAUUACGGACAGCAGUCUGCUCCGACUUCCGAUUUUGCC